AUGAUGCACUCUUUCAAAAUCACCUCGAACCCCGAGGUCGCAGCCCUCAUCGAAAAGCACGGCACGAACGAUGCUCUAUUCAUCCUCAACCUCACACACUUCACCGACAUCCCUCUCACCGAGGUAGGUGGAUCAUCCUACGAUGCCAUGAACACUGGUGUGCGUAAGAUAAUCCCGGGCCUAUCUGGCCAACCAGGUUUGACUAGGUCCGAGUUCAUUGUGCUAAGCUUCUGGGCUGACCAUUUGGGUGCUUUAAAGGUCCCGUUUCUCAUUGACCAUGCCCACACCAUCAUUUGUGCCCGAGCACAUCGAAACUUAAUGUCAGAAUUUGACGUUAGGUUCAUUCGCCACGCUGCUAGUUGUAUCGAGGACGACCUUGCCAACAGUGACAGAGUUCUCAGUGAGUACACUACGAAGGACUAUGGUGUGAUUUUGAGUUUUGCAUUUCAGUCACGCCUCUCGGAGGGUCUUCGCCGAAUGAAAGCUCAAGGCUUGUUAGAUGAGGACGUUUCUCUGGACAGCAUUUAUGAGAAUAUGCUCAAGCCCUACAUUGAGACAACUGCACUUUGUGAAACUAAGAUCAAGAAGCAUCAGACUAAGAAGACUCUGCAUGAUGUUGAGAUGUCCAUCGGUUUUGCUGAAGACGACAAGCGGUUUCUCGCUAAAUGUCUUUGUAUUUGCGAGGAGCGGAUUCAAAUCUUGAACGGGAAGCGUGAGGCACUGAAGAAAGAAACAGAAGAUACUUGA